GAGCUACUGGCUGAGUUCAACGGCAAGUCCCAGUAUGACCAGCCCUGCUGUCUACUUCCUGGUUGUAACAACAUGGAUUGUGGGAGUCGUGGUUUUAAUAAGCCUGUGUCUCCUCCUCUGGCCAUGUGGGAGAGAGACAGUCAGGUGAUAGAGCUGGUGAAGGGAGAGGAAGGCCUGGGAUUCAGCAUCCUAGACUACCAGGACCCAGAGGACGACUCCAAGACUGUCCUGGUAAUCCGCUCCCUGGUCCCCGGUGGCGUGGCCGACUCAGACGGACGCCUGCUGCCCGGUGACCGGCUCAUGUCCGUCAACGACGUGGACCUGGUCCGGUCGACGCUGGGGCACGCCGUGCACGUCCUCAAAACCACCGGCUACGGGGUCGUGCGCAUCGGCGUCGCCUGGAUACCCGCUGCCGAUCGAGUGUUGUGUCCUGGAGUCCAUCCCAGAGUCGUCGAGGUCGUCGAGAGACGAGACCCAGUCGUUAUCGAGAGAUGA